AUGCCUAGUUUACAAAUUCUUCAUUUUAAUGAUGUAUAUCAUCUCUUGCCACAAAAGCGUGAACCUGUUGGUGGUGCUGCUCGGUUUGCUACGGUGGUCAAAGAAUUUCGUAAAAAUUAUGGUAUUGAAAACUCUUACGUGUUCUUCAGCGGCGAUGCUUUUAAUCCAUCAGUUGAAAGUAGCAUUAGUAAAGGAUUGCACAUGGUACCAUCAUUGAAUGAUUACGGAAUUGAUGCGGCUUGUCUUGGAAAUCAUGAUUUCGAUUUUGGAUUACCAACUCUUAAAGGGUUGAUUUCACUGACUAAUUUCCCUUGGCUUCUCUCUAAUGUUGUUGAUUCGAAAACUGAUGAAUCUCCAGCCGGAAGUAAAAAAUUUGUAGUUCUGGAAAAGGGUGGACUCAAACUUGGAAUUGUAGGAUUGGUAGAAAAAGCAUGGCUUGAAACCAUUCCUAAUCUUCCAUCAGAUAUUCAAUAUAAAGAUUUUGUAAGUGUUGGAAAAGAACUUUCUACACAAUUGCGUGACCCCAACGGUCCUCACGCUGUUGACCUUGUUAUUGCUCUCACACACUGUCGGCUAUCGAAUGACAUUCUACUUGCUAAAGAAUGUAAAAAUGAUAUUGAUUUGUUUCUUGGAGGACACGAUCAUUUUUAUUACAUUGGUAAAGGAUGUAAUGUUAUUAAUGGAUGGUCUAGAGAAGAAGGAAAAUUUGCAGGUUCUGAUGAUGAUGCUAAGGGUGAUGAUGGCGUACGAGUUGUGAAGAGUGGAACUGACUUCAGAGAAUUAAGUAUCGUGGAACUUGAUAUUGAUGAAACCACCAAUGAAGAAGGGCGAACCCAUAAAAGAAUAAAAACUAUAAAUGUGACACGACGAGAAGUUACCUCAUCUAUUGUUGAAGAUGAACAUCAUGCAAAUCUGGUUGCUUCGGAAACAUCGGAAAUGAGGGCAAAAAUGUCAAAGCCUAUAGCUUACACCAUGACACAAUGGGAUUGUCGUUCUUCAAACCUUCGUACACAAGAGACAGCAUUUGCAAAUUUUGUUGCGGAUUUAAUGUUUUAUGCCUAUCAACCAUGUAUUCCUCAUAAUAUUGAUUGUGCUAUCUUAUGUGCUGGAACUAUUAGAUCGGAUUCAAUAUAUGAUGGAGAAAUCACAUUGGGUGAUUUACUCGAAAUAUUUCCGUUCGAAGAUACAGUUGUUGUUAUUCGUGUUACUGGACGUCAGUUAUGGGACGUUUUACAAAGUGCCGUUUCAAUGGUUCCUAAACAGGAAGGUCGGUUUCCAGUUGUAAGUGGGUUGAAAGUAGAAUAUAAUCGUAAUGCGGAACCUGGUGAUCGUUUGCGAAAUGUAUGGUUUACUGAGAGACAAAGUUCCAUAGCAGAUGAUGAAGAAGAUGAAAACAUAUCUGAAGAUCCUGGUCCACAUCGAAUUAUUGGAAAACUUGAUAUGCAAAAGACAUACACAGUUUGCACUCGUGCUUAUUUGGCUUCAGGUAAUGAUGGUUACAAGGCUUUUGCUGAACCAACUACAAAAUACCUUGUGGAUGAUGAAAAUGGAAUUAUCCUUUCCACUUUAAUCAGACGAUAUUUCAUUGGCCUUUAUUACAUUAAUGCAAUUAAGUAUAAUAUGAAUUUUAAAGAACGCACAAAUGAAGCUGUUUUGAAGGCCGCGAAUUCGUGGAAAAAGCUUGCAGAAACUAAACGAGAGAAAUCAGCGUAUGGAAACGUAUCUCGCAAAAGAAUUAGUAAUGCGCUUUCUCUCUCUAUGGGUGAAUAUGUGAAGAUAGAAGAUGAAGAUAAUGAUGUAAUAUCUACAUCCACUUCAGCAGUGGAGACAAUACCAAAGAAAGCAGAUUUUGUAAGGGACUGGGUCACUGUUGCACCAAUGAUUGAAGGUAGAAUUGUAACAGUGGAUUUUUAA